AUGGACAUCUUUGAUUUUGAUAGAAGGAACGGCGCUCAGCAGAUUGCUUCUUGGGAAAGUGACUCAUUUGCUAAGAAUUUUGAGCAAACUAUCAUUCAUUAUCAUAUAAGAUUGAGUAGAAAACUGAUUAUAUUUGAUGCUUCUAAUGCUAAAAAAAUUGGAGUAGAUCCUCAGGUAUCUGAUAUCGGAAGAGGUACUUUUAAAAGAAUGAUAGUAACUGCUAAAAAUAAUAAAGGUGAAGUAAUUGAAGAAGAAUUAGAUAAUAAUCAAAAUAAUUCUAAUGUUCGAACAAAAAUAGAAAGUAAAAACGAGAAAGAUAAGUCAAAGACUAGUGAAUUAGAUAUAGAUGAUAGUGAUGAUGAAUCCGAGGGGACAGAUGCAACAGAGGAAUCAGAAAAUGAUGCUGCAGAAUCAGAAUCCAACAAUAAUCUUGUUGAAUUCUGA